AACUCAGUUGCAAUAUGGAUGUCAAUUUUCCACUGCCGAGUCAGUCACUAUGAGGUCACCCUUCUUUUAUUUUUUACGGACAGGCUAUGGGGCAGUUUCAGUGGUUGGAUGGCUGGCCUGUCCAGUACACCAACUGGGCUAAAGGCUACCCGAUUGGAUCCAACGAUGUGCUGAACGAUUGCGUUAUCAUGACUCAUGAAGGAUGGCGCAAUGUCAAUUGCUACAGCAAUGCGCACCCUACAGUUUGCAAAAUCACAACAGCACCCCAGCCGCCACCCCCUGACCCUCCGUCAGGUGACUGCCGCAAAGGCUGGGUCGCCGUCGACGACAGAUGCUUCUUCUUCGAUACCCAGAACACGGAGGUUAGCUACUUGGAGGCACUUAUCAUGUGCCAGCAGCGAGGAGCCAACGUCUUCCCGGCGAGUAGUCUGAGCAGUGAGGUGAACACCUUCCUGCAGAGCAAUGCCCGUGCCGUCUUGGACGUCAACAGCAUCUGGCUGGGUCUUUCCUACCAAGACGGAGAGUUCCAGUGGAAUGAUGGUUCGCUAUAUUCCUACACUAACUGGGCCAGUGAACAUCCAACUUUACCGAUAGAGAGCAACGCCUGCGUGCAGCUUUCAACAGAGGGUUCAGGACAAUGGAGGAACAUCGAUUGCUUUAUCAAGGCAGGAUAUGUGUGCGUUGCGCCCUAUGAUAAUCCACCAAGCACUAUGGAGGCACCGAAGACCACUAGCUCGAAGAAACCCACAACAUCGAGCAAACCUAUACCGCCGGAACCAUAUACCCUGUCGAUGGAAGCAAUCAUCGGUAUAUCGGUGGGCUGUGGGGCUGUUCUACUGAUUAUACUCAUGUCGGCUUGUUGCUACUUCAGAGAGAAGAGCCACAUGAAGCAAAAAAUGUACGCCAAAGAGAGGCAGAACCAGUAUAAACAGGAAAUUUAGUUUACUUUUAGAGAAGAAAAUCCAAAAUGUGAUCAGACAUUUGGACCGUGGGAAUAGGCCCUUUCAGUAUAGUAACAAGAACUUCUUAACGUAGUUGUUAUAUAGGCCCUAGCCCUUUACAAUUACGUUUUGUGUGAUUUAUUAAUUUCUUUGAACUGAAUUUCCCAGAAAGUGAAUUUUCCGCAGGAGACAAAGGUACAUAUUCAAUUGAAACCAUUUAUUCAGAUUACUGAUUUUUCACCGGUAGUUUUAUUUAAAUCUACUUUUACCUAGGUCUUGGAUUUUACCCAUUCAUAAACAAAGCUAAACAAAUUUGAUGUUUUUGAAAUUAGUAGAUUUUGCAGUUACGCGUUGAAAAAAUGAAAAAAUCUACACAGUACAAAAGAGGCACAUAGUGUGUGAUAUAUUGAAGUUCUUUUUUGUAAGCCUUGGAAAUCGGUUAUAGCUUGGAAACAGUAUUUUCUGAACUACCUUCAAAUUUAUCACUCUACAUUUAGUGUACCACACAUUUUUGUAAGAUACUCCUAAAAAUCCUCAUUCAAACACGUUUUACUAACCUUUACUCCACUGAAUUUUUGUUAGUUUUGUGUUUUUGCAUACCUGAAAAUCACUUCGAAUAAAGUUUUGAUUUGGUAGUCUUUUUUAAAUUGGAAUCAACCUUUACUAAAAAAGCUCUCUUUCACAUUUCAGUAGUUUUUUGCUUUGAAAUAAGUUUUGAAUAUGAAGAUUUUAAAUCUGUUCAACAGUAUUAGAAGAUUUGCUGUGCGUAGUGGCACCGAAUGUAAAAGCGUUGAGUCCUUUACUGAAAAUAUAACAAUCAUCGCAAAUUAGUAUUUUUGCAUAAAUUUUUCAUUUAUAUAAAUUGUAUAAAUUUUUUAUAAAAAUUUUUCAGGUCAUUGCCUGAUGCUUGUUAAAGGCCAAAAAGAGCUUACUUGACAUUUUUCUGCAGAUCCUUGACUUUUAAAACAAGUCAAGUGUGUGAUGGAAAUUUAAAGCGGAUGGGCGCAUACAGUGUGCUGCAAACUGUCAUAAUCCCUGACAUCUGGAAAAUCUUAAUGAGCCCUGAGCAGGACCAAGAGAGGGCGCAAUUUUCUUAGCAAGGUACAGGUACGCAUUACAGUCGCGUCGCUACCAGCAAAAUGAACACUCCCGACCAUCCUGGCCAUAUUCAACCAGUGAGGGGAUGCUUCUGCUCAAGGGAGAUUAGGAUGACAGUUUUUUCACAUUAUGACUUUGCCAAGCCAGAUCUUAGAAGAUGAUCACAGUUUUACAUGCAGUUUCGUAUCCAGCUGUAGGUGGUGUGGGGGGGCAAAUUCAAAAGAAAGUGAACUUUCGGGCUCAUUCAACAUGAUAAUGGUGAAGAAACAAUAGAAUUGACAGGCAUAGAGAGUCUAAUCAGAUUUAUUGAAGGAGGGCGUUAGUAUUAGCAAUAAAAUGACAAUCCGGUAUACUUUAA